AUGCAGUAUCUGGUGUUGGCACUGGUUUAUAUAACGGUUGUACACAGUGCAUUACAAAUUGUCCAGAUAGACAAAGAGUCUGUAUGGAAACCGAACAAAAAGGUAGACAAUACCCUGAAGAGGAUGCAGUGUAGUUGUAGUUUUAGCCUGGGGGAACAGUACAAAAUCGGUACGUGGGAGGUCAACAUUACACUCAACAAACCGACGGAAAAGCUGAAGAUCUGGAUAAUGAAAAUAAAUAAUGUUGCUGCUGACAGAUCGUGGUACGCCUGCAGCAAUAAAAAUGAAUACCAUGCACAAGUUAUCAAAAUGAGUUUCCAGAUUGAUUUUAGAGGACCUAAACCAAGAGGAAAAUGUAGAAGUAAUUUGCCGGAAGUAGUUACAACUACAGUAGUUUAUACGACUACUUCUACACCACAACCAGUUACUUCCGGUACAAAGAUUCCAACGACGGACAAAGCUAGUACAGAACCUGUGUCAACGGCCCAAUCCCUACCAACUACCACAGAAAUGGUACAAGUUAGCUCUGUACCGAUUACUAUUGAAAACAAACAUGUCUGGGCCUCAGAGAUGAAAGGCGUAUGUUUGUUCACUUUGGACCAAACUCUCAACGAUUUUGAACUGCUGAUCUCUUUUAGUAAGGAAACUUUUGGGCUCCAGAUAUGGGUUGGUGAAGUGAAAGACCAAGAUAACAACGGAAGAUGGUACAGGCUGAAAAACCACUGGCCACAGCACCCGCCGACAUUGAAAAUUGAGUUCUUGAUAAAGUAUGAAGGGACAACUCCGAACGGCAUGUGCACGUUGCAUGAGAAGGGUGGUGACAUAUCUACAACGCAAACUCCAUUCACAACCGAACAGACACAAGCUCCUGUUACAACCGAACAGACACAAGCUCCUGUAACAACCGAACAGACACAAGCUCCUGUAACAACCGAACAGACACAAGCUCCUGUUACAACCGAACAGACACAGGCUCCUGUUACAACCGAACAGACACAAGCUCCUGUAACAACCGAACAGACACAGGCCCCAAUUACAGCAACGACGUCGUCCGCAAAACCAUCCACAGUAGAUCCUUCUGUUUUAGGUACCAAGUAUGACUAUAUAAAGGUUUUGGGGUUAUCAAUUCUGUUCUACGAGGCUCAAAGAUCUGGGAAACUCCCUGCUAAUAACCGAAUACCCUAUCGCGGAGACAGUGCAUUGAAUGAUGCUGCUCCUAACGGAAGUUCUCUAACUGGAGGUUGGUAUGACGCGGGUGAUGGAGUUAAGUUCAACCUGCCAAUGGCCGCUUCAACCACCCUCCUUGCAUGGGGACUCACCAUGUUUGAAGACGCAUACAUUGCAGCAGGCCAGCUCAGCUACAUCCGAGACUCUAUAAAAUGGCCUCUUGAUUACUUCCUGAAGUGUUGGAAACCCAGCACAAAAACAUAUUAUGCACAGGUAGGAAAUGGUGUUAGUGAUCAUGCCUACUGGGGGAGACCUGAGGAAAUGACCAUGGCCAGACCUGCCUACAUGGUGAACACAACCCGCCCCGGAAGUGACGUUGCUGCUGAUACUGCUGCAGCUCUAACAGCCGGUUAUCUUGCCUUCAAGUCUGUCGACACGCCUUACGCCAAUACUCUCCUGAAUGCAGCCAAAUCUUUGUACACAUUUGCCGAUCAGCAUAGAGGAAAGUAUAGUGAUGCCAUACCAGAUGCUGCACAAUUUUAUAACUCCUACAGCGGUUAUAAAGACGAGCUAUGCUAUGCGGCCGCUCUGUUGUAUAAGGCAACAGGUGACAUUUCUUACCUGACCGCUGCCAAGCAGUCAGUGGACUUUGGCAUUGCAUGGGCCCAAGACUGGGACAACAAGAUGGUUGCGUGCCAGGUAAUGUUGUAUGACGCAGUUCCUCAAAAUGAGAAGUCUACGUAUGCUUUACCGGUCCAGAACUUUCUCAAACAGUACCUGCCCGGUGGUAGCGUAAGUCGGACUCCAGACGGACUAGCAUGGCGAGCACAGUGGGGUUCUCUCAGAUAUGCAGCUAACGCAGCUUUCAUUGGAACAGCAGCCGCUUAUGUUGGUAUCGGGGACGUGCAAAAUUAUCUGGACUUCGCCGAAAGUCAGAUCAACUACGCCCUGGGAGACAACAUGAACGGCAUCAGCUAUGUGGUUGGUUUUGGGACCAAAUAUCCACUUCAGCCUCAUCACAGAGCAAGUUCGUGUCCAGAUGUUCCAGCAUCAUGUUCCUGGAACGAAUUCGCAUCCAACGCUGCCAACCCACAGAUUCUGUACGGGGCGCUAGUAGGAGGACCUGACCAGUCAGGAGCCUAUGCAGACAAGCGGAAUGACUUCGUGAAAAACGAGGUCACGUGUGACUACAAUGCUGGCUUUCAAUCAGCUGUGGCAGGGCUCAUCCACUUCGCUCUUAAAAGCAAGUUGUGA